GACUGACCCCAUCGUUGCCACUUUGAAAACUAAUGACGAGACUAAUGGAGCUACGCCACAUGUUGCAGGCACCGUAGCGUUAAUUAUCGGGGAAUUUGGGCCAUCGAUAUUAAAAGGAGAUCAUUUUUAG